AUGUCUCAGCAUGGUGCCACUGUGUCCUUCUCAGAGACACUGCAGAAAUGGUGGGAAUACCGCCGCCAGUGCCAGCGCUUCCUGACUGAGACUCCGCCCCCGGCCACAGGCCUGUUCUGCAACCGGACCUUCGACGAGUAUGCCUGCUGGCCGGAUGGGCUGCCGGGCUCCCUCGUGAAUGUCAGCUGCCCCUGGUACCUGCCCUGGGCCAGCAGCGUGCUGCAGGGACACGUGUACCGGUUCUGCACAGCUGAUGGCCUGUGGCUGCAUGUGGACAACUCCAGCCUGCCCUGGAGGAACCUGUCUGAGUGUGAUGACUCCAAGGGAGGGGACAGAAGCUUCCCCGAGAAGCAGCUCCUGUCCCUUUACUUCAUCUACACGGUGGGCUACGCACUUUCCUUCUCCGCUCUGGUCGUCGCCUCGGCCAUCCUCCUUGGCUUCAGACACCUGCACUGCACCCGGAACUACAUCCAUCUGAACCUGUUUGCAUCCUUCAUCCUCCGAGCACUGUCCGUCUUCAUCAAGGACGCGGUCCUCAAGUGGAUGUACAACACGGCCCCGCAGCAGCACCAGUGGGAUGGGCUCCUCUCCUACCAGAACUCUCUGGGCUGCCGCCUGGUGUUCCUGCUCAUGCAGUACUGCGUGGCGGCCAAUUACUACUGGCUCCUGGUGGAGGGUGUGUACCUGUACACGCUGCUGGCCUUCUCAGUCCUCUCCGAGCAGCGCAUCUUCAGGCUCUAUCUGACCAUAGGCUGGGGUGUUCCCCUGCUGUUUGUUAUCCCCUGGGGCAUUGUCAAGUACCUCUAUGAGGACGAGGGCUGCUGGACCAGGAACUCAAACAUGAAUUACUGGCUCAUUAUCCGGCUGCCCAUUCUCUUUGCCAUUGGGGUGAACUUCCUCAUCUUUGUCCGGGUCAUCUGCAUUGUGGUGUCCAAACUGAAAGCCAAUCUUAUGUGCAAGACAGACAUCAAGUGCAGACUUGCCAAGUCCACACUGACGCUCAUCCCCUUGCUGGGGACCCAUGAGAUCAUCUUUGCCUUCGUGAUGGACGAGCACGCGCGGGGGAUGCUGCGCUUCAUCAAGCUGUUCACGGAGCUCUCCUUCACCUCCUUCCAGGGGCUGAUGGUGGCCAUCUUGUACUGCUUUGUCAACAGUGAGGUCCAGAUGGAGUUUCGGAAGAGCUGGGAGCGCUGGCGGCUCGAGCACUUGCACAUCCAGAGGGACAGCAGCAUGAAGCCCCUCAAGUGUCCCGCCAGCAGCCUGAGCAGUGGAGGCACGGUGGGUAGCGGUGUGUACGCAGCCACGUACCAGGCAUCCUGCAGCUGAGACUCCAGCACCGGCCCUCCCUGUGGUCUCGCUGCUGGCUGGGUGGCCAUCCCAGGCAGGAGAGACCCUCCGGGGAUGGGGAAGGGAGGGCACA